CCCUUUCCCUUUUCUCUCCUCUCCCAUUCAGGGCACCUCGGUUGGGUCGGCCUCGCGGGAUCUGCUCGCUUCCACGGGAGAUAUUCUCGGGCCACCACCACCACCACCGCUAGGCAACAAGAAUAUACUGCAGUCAUGGCGGUCAUGUGUUGAAGGAUCUGGAAGAGGUAAUGCGUACACCUCUUCAUCAUCGGGUUGCGUGAUCUGAUCGGCAGGACUACCAUUUUGGCGGUCAAUUAGACCAAGCUUUCCUUUCACUAGCUUGUCUCCCCCGCUUUGCCUCUUUUUCUUUUUCUUCUGAACCGUGCCUUUCAUGCUCUUGUCACAUACUCUUGCAGCAGUACAGGCCUGCUUUUCCUUUCAGCAGGCAGGCUACAUAGAUAGAUAGUAGAUACUCCUGCCUUGCCUCAUCAUAGUAUAAAACGGGGCGUGCCUAGGCCACCCUGGUGCUGGUGCGAUACGUAGACACUGACCCGCCAUCUUGGGCUAGCAAGCAACCUAGGCUAGGCAAGGCAAGGCAAGGCAUCCAUCCCGUCGGCAAUGAGGAAGGGCAGCGAGUGCACCAGGAUCAGCCCGGAGACCACCACCAGCGGCAACCCCAUGUUCUCCCGCCAGGCCAGCAGGUCCAGCGGCCGGGCGGCGCCGCCCUCGGAACGGGACGCCCUGCCGAGGCACCCGCGGGGAGCCUGCCGCCUGCUCAGGACCGCGCGGUGGACGGCCGCGAGGCUCUACCGGCGCGCCAGGGUCAGCGUCGUCACGGCCUUCUGGUCGGCGCCGAGCAGGAGAGCUUCUUCCAGCUCCAGCGCCGCCUCGCGCUCGCCCGAGUGCACGCCGGCAAGGAACAGUAGCAGGCGGCAGUCCGGGCCGGUGGUCGUCGCCGAUGACUCGCACAAGAGCGAAGCCGUGGAAGAGUGCAUCCGGUUCAUGAACUCCUCGUCCAGGAAGUACCGCUAGAGCUAGUGUUUUGUCUCUGCCCCCGCGGAUGCUAGCGUCCUCCCCCUGUAAUUUCCCCCCUUCCUGUUCUUGUUCUUGGCCUUUCAUCUGUGUUCGCAUUUGAUCUAAGCUUGUGGAAAUGAUACAUACGGCCGGAUGCAUCUUUCUCAUA